GCUGGCGGCAUGAUGACUCUGCAGGAGACACCAGCAUUGGAGACUGAACUGUGAUGGACAGAAUCCCAGGACCACUCCUGGCGGCCCAGCCCUUGCUAGCCCCGACCUUCGGAGAGUGGGAGGGACCCGUGAGCAGGAGCACUCUUCCUCCCGGGAGUGGGGGAGGCUGCUCGGCCUACAAGGGUGAUACUGGACCCUGCGUGAGCCUAAGCACACCAACUCCCGGGGGCAGGUGAGCGUGUGGACGAGGAAAACAUAUCAAACAGACGAGAUAUCACGCAAGCAUCAAUGACCGGGACUGUAUGGCCCAGGCACAGCCAUAGCCACCCCAACGUCUCCCCCAUCAAACACCAAACCCGAGUCCUAGGCGACGGGUGGAGGCCGCGCCCAUCAGCCUGGGAGCUCCGAGCGGAGACUGCCACCUGCCGGACAGGGUACACUUGCCUCUCCGCAGCCGGAGACCUCCCGCUCCUCCAGGGCCCUUGGAACAACCACCGACCGACAGAGGCGGUUUCCCAGCGGCCCGCAGUUGACCGCGAGCACGCCCCGCUGACCGACCGCUCCCUCGGUGGGGGGAAGCAGAAGCGGACGGGCGGGAUGGGGGCCACCAGGAGGGAAGGCUCAGUGCUAGGCCGGCAAGGAGCCUGCGCACUGGCCGCCCUCCUGCUCUGGCUGCGCCUCCCACCACUGCGCGCCCAGGUCACCCCGUCCAAUAGGAACAACGAGAACCUGGCUGAUGUAUGCGGGAAGAGCAAAGUCACUGGAAAGAUCUUUGGUGGCAAGAAGGCAGAACCAGAACGGUGGCCUUGGCAGGCCAGCCUGCUUAUGAAUGGCCGGCAUAUCUGUGGAGCUGCCCUCAUCUCCAGCACCUGGGUAGUCUCUGCCGCUCACUGCUUCCAAAGGUCCCAUCAUCCAGCUGACUAUCGCAUCCUGCUAGGGUACAACCAGCUGAGUAAUCCCGGCAGCUUCAGCCGGCAAAUGACCGUGAACAAAGUCAUCGUCCACGCCGACUUCAACAAGUUCCAUCGCUUUGGGAGUGACAUCACCCUGUUACAACUGGAUAUCCCUGUGGAGUUUAACUCUCACAUCCGCCCUGCCUGUCUCCCAGAUAACUCAACAGUGCUGCCCAUGGAUAGCUCUUGCUGGAUCAGUGGCUGGGGGAUGCUCACGGAGGAUGUGUUCCUGCCGGCGCCCUUCCAGCUGCAGGAGGCCAAGGUCAGUCUCAUAGACAGUGACAGCUGCAGGAGGUUCUUCAUACCCCCUCCAGGCACGCCCCCCCAUGAUGUCUUUAGUGUCAAGGACGACAUGAUAUGCGCUGGGGAUACCUGGGACGAGAAGUCCAUCUGUCGAGGAGAUUCCGGCGGGCCCUUGGUCUGCUUCCUAAGGCGCGCCUGGUACCUGGUGGGCGUGACCAGCUGGAGCUGGGACUGCCGCAGUCCCGUCAGCCCCAGCGUCUUCACCAGGAUCACCUACUUCGCCAACUGGAUCCAAGAGCAACAGCGAGCCACCCCCACACCCGACCCCUCGAAAGCCCCUCCUGAGGAAAAGCCGCCUGUUCUGGUCAACGUUCCUAUUCCCGAGGCCGGCACUGUCCCCAAGCCCAGGGUCUUCCUGGUCCUGCUGACGUCUGCAACUCUGCUGCUGCUGAUUCUCCUGCAGAGUCGGUGACGGGCCUGUCCCAGCCGCCCCGGAGCCCCCACGCAGAGCGCUGCACCUCCGCACGUGGUUCCAUCUCGGGUUCUUCCAUCCAUUCGAAGCCACCCAAAGUAAACCAACUCAAGAAGCUUCUCUCACUCGCA